CUAGAAAAGGUGGAGGAGAUGAAGAAGAAUACAAAGGAAGAAAGGAAUUUUCAGAGAAGAUGAGGGCUACACAUUAAUUUUUUUGAGGUUGAGAGAUCCAACUCUUGCUCUUUCUUUAUUUUUCGAUCUAAAUCCCCUUGGAAGCAACAAUCCAUCAGUGUGAAACCCAAAAUACAAUGUUCGUUUUCUCGUGUUCGAUUCGAUCCUGGUUUUUUGGUUGAGUUUGAUCAAAAAAAGUUUGAUCCUUUUGGUUUCUUGUGAAAACCCCAUCAAUGAUUUCGAACCCAAAUCUCAUUUUCUAUGCCUGCGUUGCCAAGGGGCCAAUAGUCCUCGCUGAGUUUUCACCCAAGGAACCCGGGAUUGAAUCCUUAGCUCAAAGAUGCAUCGAGAAAACACCACCUAACCAUUCGUUGUUCUCUCAUACCGCCUCCGGAAGAACCUAUACCUUCUUAAUCGAUGACCCUUUUGCCUAUUUUGCUAUAUACGAUGAAACUCUCCACAAAUCAGAGUCUGUCUGGUUCUUGAAGCGCCUAAGAUGCGUUUUAGAGGAGUUGCUUGAGACAGGGUUGAUUGCGGAUGGUGAUGAUUUGACCUCGAAUUGUUUCCAGUCGCAAUUCAAUCCAGUCUUCUGCGAGAUGAUGGCGUUGGAUUUGGAGUCCGUGACAUGCCCUGGAAGCGAAUCAAGAGGAAGUCGAAACCCAAGUAUUGGUUCUUCAAAAGGGAAGAAUGGGGUGGCUCCGCCGCUAGGGAAUGGCAAUCCCGUUAAGGGAUUAAAGAAGAAGAGGAGAUUAUCUGCAGAGGCUAAUAGCGAUUGGAAAGAUGGGGGUGUAGAAAAUAAGAUGGAUGUUAGUGAUGAUGGUAAUGGUGUAUGUAGAGAUUUCCCGGCCCCGGUUUGUAUGCCAAAGGGUGGUAAUUUUUUCACAGGGGAUCGUCAGAAAGCCAAGCAAAUCUGGAGGAAGCAUGUUUUGGUCGUGCUGUUUUUAGACUUGGUUGUAUGUGCUGCUUUGUUUGGGAUAUGGUUGUAUGUUUGCAGAGGCUUUCAGUGCAUUGAUGCUGAUGGUUGAACCUCUGUUUCCUUUUGGAAUUGUUCAUAUGGUUGUAUAGUGGUUCUUGAAUCCUGAGUGCAAUUUCAUUGAGAAUCAUUGACACAGGUCUGAUUCUUACAUAUGCAGGAAGCUUGUUGUGUAAUGGAAUUGUAAGGAUCCAAAAGCAUUGUCUCGUUGUUGUUUUCAAGGGUUCAAUUCUUGUUUCAACUUAUACUUCUCCUAGUUUCUCGUGUACACUUUGUAUUGAUUACAGGAGAAGUGAUAUAGCCCAUAUUUUUCAGUUCAUGGAGUGCACAAUUACAUGUAAUUUAUGAAACUGUUAUACAUACAGACUCUUGAUUAUCUCGCAGGUAUUUUCUCUGAUGUUCUUGUCUCUAUUACAAGGAAUUUAACUGUUGA